GUCGGUCGGUUGGUCGGUUCAGCCAGAGUCGGCUGCCAACGCGCCCUCUGCCGGCGGCUGGCGGUGCGGGUCCUCCGAACUGCGGGUCCGGCAGUGCGUGUGUGGGCAGGACGAGCGCUGGCCAGGCAGGGUUUGAGCUGAUACAGUGAGACAGAAGUGUGAGGGAUUGGUGUAAGCGAGGAGAGCGACUGUGACGGAAUCUGGAGAAUGCUGAGAUAUGUGUGAUCCUGUGUGAUCGUGACGGUGACAACGUGCGGAGCGCAUGAGUCCGCCGUGCUGGCGCAUUUAUUGAAACCAACCUGUCUCAUCGCUGACGGUUCAAAACACUCCUGAGCUGUGUGAGCCGGAUCGUCCGUCAACUUCAUCUGGCAAAUUUCAUGAGUACCUGAGUGCGUGUCACCACAUCGUGACGUCAGUAGCCGUCACGUGAACAUCCGCCAGUGUCUGUGAGUGAGACACGGCGUGCGUUCGAAAUCCAAGGGAGAUUUCAUCCUGCGAAGAAGGUGAAUGCUCGCUUAUAUAGUGUCAUACUGCGUGACAGUGGCCAACUCGUGGUCACAGGGUGAACGCUUUGGUCCCCCAUAUCCUGUGUGAAUGUGCAACCAACUCCUGGGAUUGUCGUAUGGCCAGGAACGACGAAAUACCCACAGAAGCGUGCUGUUUUUAUUGCUUCUGCCAUUAGAUCUGAGGACUCCUGAAAAACAGCAUCGAUUUAUUUCCUUUUGUUGUCUCAACUGGUAAACAAGGAGAGACCUUGCUCGAAUUGGAGUGAAGUGGCUUUGAACUUUGCGGAGGGUGCAAUCUAAGUGUUCCUUUAUUAUCCGCCGUCUUUGUUGUGAAGAGCGUCAGCGAACUUGUGGAACAGGACCGCUGAAGGAGUGAAGCGACCGCAGGGAGUUCAAGGUCCCAGCGACGGCUGGGUGCCAGCAGCAGCUCCGUCAUCGCCAGGCAGUGGGCGGCCCGGCGGGCCCGGCGGGUCGGCAGCCAUGGGUCAGAGUCCGGCCAAAGCGACGCCGGCUCCGGCGGCCAGUAUGAACGCCACCCUGCGGCAGCACAUGACACUGCUGGAGCAGCAGCGACUCUGCCUGCAGGCCAACCUGACGGAGCCGCAACCCGAGGGUCUGCACUGCCCGCGGGUGUUUGACGGCAUCUCGUGCUGGGAUCCGGCGCCGGCGGGCACAACGGUCACCCGGCCCUGUCCCGCCUACUUCCAGGGCUUCUACGAACAUAACCAGAUGCAGAAGCAAUGCAUGCCAGAUGGCACUUGGUUCUUUCACGGAGAGCACAACAGGACCUGGACCAACUUCAGCUCCUGUCACAUCGCGCCCGAGUCUAGCGGCCACCUUCUGCCCGAUGAGCAUCUCACCAUGAUCAACUACUCCGAUAACGACCUGAUCAAGGUGUGGACUCCCGUCAUUAAGAACAUCAGCAGGGCCGGCUACGGUAUAUCGCUCACUUCUCUCAUCAUGGCCAUGGUGAUAUUCUGCAGCAUACGGAAGCUGAGGUCGUGCCCGCGGACAAACCUGCACAUGCACCUGUUUGUAUCGUUCAUCCUGAAGGCCGGCAUGUGGGUGGCCAUGGAUGUCGUCUCGUACGACUGGCUCGGUCCCGGCUACAGUGGCAGUUGGGUGUGUAAGAUGGUGACCAGUAUCACGCAGUACUUCACCAUGGCCAACUACUCGUGGGUCACCAUGGAAGGGCUCUACCUGUUCUGUCUCAUCUACCUGGCGCUGUUUUCCGACCACAGCAGCAUCACGCCCUACAUUCUACUGGGAUGGGGUUUUCCGAUAUGUUUUGUUGUUCCGUGGGUGGUGGUCCGAGCCCUGAUGGAGGAUUUCUACUGUUGGCGCGUCAACAUCAACAACGGCUUCUUCUGGAUCAUUCGAGCACCAACCAUCUUCCUGAUCCUGGUGAACGCGGUGCUUUUCGUGUGCAUCGUGCUCAUCUUGAUGCAGAAGCUGAACUCGUCCAUCUCAGUCGAGACGCGCCGUUACAGGUACAGGAAGCUGGCGAGGUCGACUCUGGUGCUGAUCCCGCUGUUUGGCUUCCACUACGUCGUCUUCAUCGGCCUCUCCGCCUUCAUGAACGUCAACAGAGUGCUGGAGCUCAUCUGGCUGUUCGGUGAUCAGCUCUUCGCUUCAUUCCAGGGUUUCUUCGUGGCGAUUCUGUACUGUUUCAUGAACUCUGAGGUGAAGCUGGAGCUGCGGAAGCACUGGGCAGCCUGGCGCUACUCUCGGGCGUCCGCCGCCUCCAGGGGCUACCGCAUGAACAACGGCAAGAGCUAUAGAAGCACGGGCCGCAGCUCGGUGCAGAGCACCACGCUCAUGGAGAAGCCGUCCGAGGCCGGCGGCCAGAGCCGCACGCCGUCCCCGCUCGUGGCGGCCAUCACGGCCAAAGGCUCCUCCGCCAGACAGCCGUGUGUGGCCGAGUCCAUCCGGGAGGACGCGCUCGAGGACAGCAGGGAGCCCAGCUCUGACAUCAUCCUGGUGCCGCCGCCGCCGGCGCCGGCGACCACCGACCCCCGGUCGGCCGCCAGCACCCUGCUGGUGUGUUAUAACGGCGACAGCGGCGGCUCGGUACGGAUCCAGACCGCCCCGGCCGCCCCCGCCGCCGCCGCAGACCACCCAGCAGCCGGCGACAACAACGCAGCCUGAACCAAAGACGACCCGGGUGCCGCUGUGGCACUGUUCGGUGACAUAAGGCGCUGCGUUAGUGUGUAGGCAUUACAUCAGUGACGUAGCAGUACCGUCAGUGACGUGUGACGCAUUACUGACGUCUGUUUUCUGCGGUCGGAAGGUAUUUGAUGAGCCGUUCCUGUCCCGCGGCCGUCCGCCCACUGUUGAAAAGUUGCUGUGAUUUUUAUGUUACCAGUCAGUGGGGACUGAAGUGGGUGCCGUUGUGACGCUUUCGACGCUGUAUGAGCUGAAAGGGAGAGACGAUUGGUGAGGUGACGUUGGAAGUGCGAGCUGUGGACGGGCCGUGGCCUCCAUUGGCGCUUAGUGUGUGGUGGAUGGGUUACAGCCGGUGUAAGACAUUAAUGUCAUUGCGCAUUGUACAAUGUGCAGGCUGUUUACGUACAAGUUACCUGUGAUGAAUGUAUCAAAGGCUGAGGUAGGACGAGGGCUAUCUUUCGGAUAUUGUUGAAAAUUGUCGGUUUCUGCUCUAAAAAGGCUCGAACAGGCAGCAGUCAUGUUGUGUACAAAUGAAAUCCAAAAUUGCCUUGAGAAGGCAAAAACUUGAUCCUUACGAACGCAGAACGUUAGGUCUUUGAGGAAGUCUUUUCAUGCCUGACAUUGUUUGUGGUGCUCGAUGAGGAAGCAUACGCUACAUUCCGUUCCGAGAACGUCUCUCCUACCACUGUAACUGUAAUGGGUGCAGCCCCAGCGAUGUCCCAUGACGAGCGGGGCUAGAUGCGGGUGUUCUCUAUGGAUAAACGAGUGUCACAAUGAAUGUGGACAUGGGCCAAUCAAUCAGGAGUGGGGCCUAUCGCUUACGUGACAAUAAGUGAGAUGGCUUUCUGGCAGCAGGCACUGGCUCGCUCUCCAGGCUCCAUGUCAGCGUGAGUGCCACAGGCACACCAUCACGAGUCACGACGGCGCGCCGGUACCUUAUAGUUGCGCCCGUGGCCGUCAGGUGGCAGUGCGGCGCUGCAUAACAGCUCUCUGUUGUGACAUGGUGGCACACGGGCUGGCAUGUGUUCCAUUGUUGUUUACUUUUGAUUUGAUUUUUGUCAUGAGUACAGGGUCUUUGUUAA